AUGUCUUCCCCCAACCCUGAGGGUACCCCACAAGAGCCUGAGACUGAGCCCUCCAGCUCCAAGGAGAAAAAGAAGAAAAGCAAGUGUCAGCAGCAUGAGGCCAGCAUCCAAGUCCUCACCAGGGCUGGCCACAGGGCCCUACUGGCUCGCCAGAACCAGGAGGCCUUGACCAGCUUCCAGAGGGCCUUCCUCCUGGCCUCCAAGGCCUCCCGGGAAAGGGACACUCCUAUUCUCCGAGCCUGUGCCUUCAACCUGGGGGCUGCCUACGUGGAGACCGGGGACCCAGCCAGAGGCCUGGAGCUGCUCCUAAGGGCCCAACCUGAAGAGAAGGCACAGGGCAGGUGUCAUGGUGACCAGUGUUUCAAUGUGGCUUUGGCCUACCAAGCCCUGGGCAACCUGCCUCAAGCUGUGGCCUGGUACCACAGGGCCCUGGGCCACUAUCAGCCACUGGGUGACCAGGGGCAGGCCCAGGCAAAAAUGGGAGCCUGCUACCAGGCUCUGGGACAGCCUGAGCUAGCAGCCCAGUGCUUGCAGGAAGCGAGCCAGGCCUAUGCCCAAGCAGGGCAGCCCCGGGCCGCAGCCCUGGCGUUGGGGGCUGCGGCGGGGUGUAUGCUGAAGAGCGGGCAGCACGGCGUGGGUGAAGUGGUGCAGGUGCUGGAGGAGAGCUGGCGGCUGGCGGAGAUGAGCACUGAGCGGCGACUGCUUGGGCAGCUCUAUAAUGACCUGGGCCUGGGCUACUCCCAGCUCCAGCUGUUCCCACUAGCAGUAGAGGCCUUCCUGCAGGCCUUGCCCUUGUGCCGGGGGCCAGGAGAGGAGGCCACGGUGCUGAGAAACCUUGGGAUGGCCCACAAUGCCCUUGGCAACUACCAGGAAGCCCGGGGGUUUCACCAGAAAGCUGCUGACCUGCAUGGUUCUGUGGGGCAGCGGUGGGAGCAAGGCCGGAGCUUUGGCAGCCUGGCAUUUGCACUGAGCCAGCUGGGGGACCACAAGGCCGCCAGAGACAACUACCUCCAUGCUCUGCAGGCUGCCCAGGACACUGGGGACGUGAAGGGGCAGUGGCAGGCCUGCGAGGGUCUGGGGGCUGCUGCAGCCAGACUGGGGCAGCAUGACCAGGCCUUGAAGUACUACAAGGAGGCGCUGGCCCAGUGUCAGAAGGAGCCGGAUUCUGUGCGAGAACGGCUGGUGGCCAAGCUGGCGGACGCCAUGAGGACCCACUUGGCUCAGGGUGGGCCGGACCCAACUCACACCCCGAUCUCAGCCCCAUGGAAGCCUCAGCCUCCAGGUGGGGCCGGCCCCGCAGGGACUCCAGCCAGACUGGGAAGAAGCCCCGGAGAAGCAAAGCACAGACCUUUGGGUGGGCGGAAAGACAAAGAGUUGGAGGAGGGCCACGAGGAGAAAGAGGAAGAGGCUUCAUGA